GAGAGCACAAGCCUCUCACACACACACAAACACACACACACUCACACAUAAACAUUUAUGUUGGCUCCUCUGUUGUACUUUGUGGAAUAGUGGAUUACUUUCCUGACUGAACCACUCAUCGAGCUAAUCCAGGCACGAUCAGGUGGCAGUGUGUCGGCGCGGUGUUGAACUGUGAAAUGAACCAUGAAGGGGUCCAGCAGGCCAGUCACUAGCCGAGCCAACAGCCACACAACCACCAGCAGCAAGAGAAGCAGUAGCCCAGGGAGGCCCCGCAGCAUGCAGCUGGGCCCUCACUAGCACCAAGUGGACCCGGUCCUCUCCUCUUUACCUGGGGCCAGGGCUGCAGAAUGCUCAGUCCUGUCACCCCAUACAGUCUGUUGAAGAUGCACUGGUCCCCGGAGCACGCCGCCCCCUUAUCUCAGUGGCCUGAGCAGCACCUUGAUGUCACCUCUACUACCUCGCCGCCGUCUGCCCACAAACACGACCCCUAUGCUACGGCUGGUCGCCGUAGCUAUGCCCCUGCAGGUUACCCAUGGGCAAGUGAUGACAUAUCAGCCCUUACUGCUUCUUCUCUGCUCAAACGCUACGCUGAGAAGUACUCAGGCUUGGAGCUGUCCUAUGAACGCCCUCCUACAGGGGCCUACUCAGAGCCUGGGGCUUUCCUGAAAACUGAAUCUGAGCCAUGGGCACUGGGUCAGGGCAUGGAGUGUUAUCCUGGACUGGAGGCAUUAACUGGCACCAAGGUGGGCUCUGCAUCUGUGGGCAUCCCAACCACAGGAAGUGUGACAGUAGUGAGCAGUAACUUGGCCUCUGAGCCAGGCUACAGUGGCGCUGGCUCCUGCAGUGCCCCGUCAUCUCAGGAAUACCAUCCUGCCUACAACAGCACCUACCUGUCCUCAGGAUACUGCCCUCAGCCCAGCGCAGCACUUCCCCCUGCCCCUCUACACUCUUUGCAUGCCGCACCCACUCUGGUGCCCAGCUACAGCGCCAGCACUCCUGUCUACAACUACCCUCCAGGGUGCUACCCCCAAACAAGCCUGUCUUCUGGAUACAGCCACCCCAGUGCCUCCUACCUGCCCCCUGGGAUUAGCGCCCCCACUCCUCUGGCCCCUAGGCCCACCAUGGUGGGGGGCAAUUACAACUACCCAUCUCACAGCCUUGGAGGGAGCUCCGAGGGAGGAGUGCCACUGAAACGCAAGGCCUUUGAGAUGGCAGAGGAAGGACAGGAGGGACGAGACGUGGACGGAUCGCGUUACAGAAAGUAUGGCAACGGCCAUGGAAACAGUCACAGCAAAGGUCACGGCAAUGGCUACGAUAUGAGCGGCUCGACCUCAGACCCGCAGGCCUACAAACCUGGAAAGCCCAUGAUGUCACCCCCUUAUGGCGGGGCAGGGGACUACAGCCCACCAUCAGGCCAAGCAGGAGAGAGUGUGUCAGGGGAGCACAACUUUCCUCAGCAACAAAGAAUGUCUAUGAAGAUACCUGCAUCGCACACAGCAUCUGAGGACCCCACUGCAGGGCGCUGACAACUCUGGUCGGCAUUUGAGAGGAUUCUCUCACUCUUUGGAACCAACCAGGGUUCUUAAUCCAGACAGAUUAAGGGGGGAAAAAGGUUUAAUUUCAGCAGUGAACACCAAGCGGGCACAAGACUGGUAUUUCAUGUGCAUUCUUUAGAAUUUUCAUUAUUCAUGUUUUUCCAAAGAUUCAAAGGGGCAUUUUGCCUUGUGAGGUUGAGGUAAGUUUUAGGGGUGAGGUUAAAGAAUUCUCUACAUAGAUAGCGUUAAGACAGUCUAAACGUAUGAGUGUCUGUUUCUCUCAGGAUCCUAUUUAUUUCCUUUCUGCUACUGCGGCAGCAGCACUGCAACGUUGCUGUUUUAGACGUUGGUGUAAUUAUUUUUGGCCAUUAUGUAUGUAAAAGGCCUUCGACUGCAAUACGUUCUACCACACCACAAAAAUCAUUACCGACCAAAAAGUAAGGAGAGCAAUAACUGAAAUGUUGAGAUUGCCAUACUUCUUCAGCACAAUCACUGCUACUUUACACAGCUUACUCUCCGGCUCGGUGUGGCCUCGAGAAAUGAAUGUUUCCCUGCUCAUCCCUCGCUUUCCCCAACCUUUACUCAUUCUUGACUUUUUUCAGUUUCCUUUACCCCUUCUUUUCAUGUUCUUUAUCUUAUUCUAUCCCGGUGUCCUGCUUCUUGUUCUCAACCUUUUUCAUUGCUGCAACAACUUUUGUUUUUGUCCAGUUCAUACAUAACAAGCUGCUUAUCAAAUGACUACAUUACAUUACACAUGAAGCCGCCCUUGAACAUAGUUUUGAGAAAGAUUGGGAAAAUAAUCUAAGGUUCAUUUAAAAAUGUAUUUCGCAUUCACACAAUGACAGCAUUUGAGUAUUUAAAGAUCAUCUUCAAAGCUUGUUGUUUGCCCGCAGAUUUUUGCUGAUCCAGAAACUAACAGGUAUAUUUUCUCAAGAAUCUGCAAAUAAUGGUGCAGCUUACGCCUAUAACAGUCAAACUAUUACAAUAAACAAUGAAUAUACAGAUCUACAAAACAAAAACAAACAACCAAGCUUAGGUCUGCAUACUGCUAAAAUUAAUUUAGAGCAGACAGUUUAAAGUCGCAUAAGCCCGUUUGUUACUUCUGUUUGGAUGCACAGCCCAAACUGAGAGGCAUGCAGGUCUCAGUGGAGGAUAAAUGCUUCUGAGUGACAACAGCUUUUGCUCAACAUGACAUUCUUAAAGAUCUACCCGCUUGUGUGCUAUAGAAUUUACUUGUAUUAUUUUUUUUUUUGUUAUAUAUAUAUAUAUAUAUAUGCAUACUCUUCACUUUUGGCUCUCAAAAGGAUGAUUUAUAGUCGUGUUAAUGAAUACUCAGGAAGAAUAUUGUUACCUCAGAAUGAUAAAAUAAGAAUGUAUGUUAUUGUCUAGAUUGUUUGUAGGAAGCUUUAUGGAGCAAGAUGAAAACGGAGCCAUGGCUUUUAUUAAGAGCAAAACAUACUCUGAACACUUCAGGGAAACAAUGAACUUACAAGGCCUUUGAUACUAACAGUAGAAAACACACACACACAGCUUCUUAGCUCUGGGAAAAUUAAACUUGAGGUUUUUGUACCAAGGCCUGAAAUGUUGAAUGUAAUUCAGAUUUUUUUUUUUUUUUAAAAGGACAAUACAUGCCAUAUUGUACAUCGAUGAUGUUUUUAGAUAUAUAAAACAUAUUUUCUUCAUGUAUAGACGUAAUUCUCUUAUAGGUUUUGGUGGAGAAAUGAAUGAGAUGUUAAGUGUUAGUGUAGUUAGCAGUGGGGAAACGUGUUUUUGUGGACAAACUGUCAAAAUAAAGCACUCCUGAUAAACAACUUUUAACAUAUCAAGACGUACACAUAUUACAGUAUAUGCUCUAUAAUAGGUAUGUUUAUUAAAUGUCUUAAUAAAGUGUCCAAUCUCAAUUUUCCUAUAUCAUAUUUGAAAACAGCUUGACAGUGUCACAAGUCAAUCAGCUUGAUUUGAGCUUUAACAUGAAUUGACACCAUGAAGAAAGAAGUUAAAUAUUUACCAAGUAUGUGCACGUCAGAAAAUAUGUACAGUUACAACUGUAAAUCUUUUUUUUUCACCGAGUUGUAGCUUUGUUGCUCCACUAUGCCAUCCCUUUAUAAAUUGUGCCAUACGAAUAUUUUUGCUGCAAAAUUAAAUAAAGCCGAACACUUACCUAAAAGCAUGGCCAGAGAGUGGAUCCCCUUUAAUAGUACGAUUUAGACUGAAAUGCAGCCUCAAAUUUAGUCUGAAAUUCAAUGUGAUGAAAAAGUAUUUCAAUUUGGAAAUAUAAGCACAUUUAUAAAAUAGAACUUCCUGAACAAAAAACUCAUCACACAAAUAUUUAGCUUCAAAAUAUGUUGGAGAAAAAAUAUAGAUAAAUAAAAAGGUGUUAUGCAAAUAAUAAUGUAUUCUUAUCCCCAUAUUUUAAAAGUAUUUAAGCGCUUAGCUACAACAAUUGAAUGCUCUUCAAUGCCACACAACUAAUUUGUUCUACGUUACCUACACACUGCAACAAACAACAGAAUGUGCUGUUUUUUGAUGUUACUCUAAUUCAUUGAAGUUAUUGGAGUUGAAUUUGUCCAACUGAUGGAAAAUGGCAUUUCAGUGUUAUCUUUUUAAUUCAGUUGUACUUUUGUUGUAUCUUGUACAUUCGCUGUAACCAUUUCUACCUCAUUUUGAAGACAUUGUACAUGGAAAUAUUUAUUUCAUGUCAUUUCACAUGCCAGUUUAAGGAGCAAUGUUUCUAAUUCUUGACCUGUUAUAGUCUACCUCACUAAAGACUGUUAUGUCAUGGA